AUGAACAUCCAAUUAGAAGACAUUCCUUGCCGGGCUACGAAAUGGGAAGUCAAGGAGGCUUUCAGUGGCAUUCUCCACAACCACCCAGACUUCUACGACCCGCGUGCCAAUGGCGGACGUCCAAUCAAUUUCGAAAUCACGCUUGAGCGAAGCCACAACGGUCUUCCCAGCAACGGGAAGGGCACACUUACGCUCCCGGACAGCACCAUCGGUCACAAAUUUUUCAGAUGGGCAAUGCAACGCGGGAACAGGGUCGAAGUACAUGGUAGGAAGCUGUGGAUCUCGAGAAGUAAGGAGAGAAUCAAGCUGGGUCUCGUCGAGGCGCUCAACAAGACCCCAUAUGUGGAUCCAAAGGAGGAGGCGGAGCGUGAGGAGAAGCUGGCGCGUAUUCACUCCCUGCGGGUCAUUCUCGAGGCCGUCCAAUUCGGCAUCUACUUCCACCGUCCUGGAGAUCCGAGCACGGCACAUCGGUACUUUUCUAAGGAGUUUGAGGUUCGUAGGGACGAUACGAUCUCCGGUGAGUUGCUGUAUGACUACGACCACAAGCUCUUGAGAAUCGAGAUGGGCAAUGCUGUCACCGAGGAGCUGGUCGAGCACGUGGUCAUUGAUCUGCCGAAUAUCAAAAAGAGUGCUUAUGGCUCUGAGUCCAAGGGCAACUAUUAUGUUUGCUUCGAGUUGUGGCAGCCUCCCCGCUUUGAACGACAACCGCGGCAUCGAGCAUAUACGGGCGACAACCGCAAGGAUAACAGGCAUUUCCGCGAACGGCUGCCCCAUCUCGGAGGGGAUCACGAGUCCAUCUCGCCCUUUGCGUUCCAGAUCCGGCUCCUCCUAAACGACCCACAGGCGCGUUACGCCGUCAAGUCGCUUUGCGAAGAGGCAGGCAUCCGAACGCCGUCAAAAGUCAAUAUCAAUUCUGUGUCGUGUGGCUACUUCAGUCCGGAAAAACUCCAGAUCACCCAUCAGUGGAUUAACAGCUACGAUUGGCCCAUCCGCUUCCAACUCGAAGCUCUCCUGCGCAGCGGAUUCGCGCAUACUGAUGAUAUCCUGGGUCUAUGCGAGCCCGUCUCCACUCUGAUACGUACUGACGGUACCGACUUCGUCGCGGACUUCCUGCGCCGAUUCAUGGAUAAGCUUCGCUCGAAGAGCAACGGCGAAACAGUCGAGCAGUGCUUCAGGAAGGCGCUGGGCGAUGAACGGCGGGACGUACAUGCUUCUAUUGUAGAUCCCGACGACUCGCCUCGUACAAGGGGCUCGGUCCAGUGUGCGCACGCGAUCAUAACUCCAACUCGUGUCCUGCUCGAGGGACCAUAUGACACUCAGAGCAACCGCGUUAUUCGCAAGUACUAUGCUUACCGCGACUACUUCCUGCGCGUUGAGUUCCGAGAGGAGAACAGAAUGUCCUUUCGCUGGCCCAUCGAGGUAAACGGCCGUUCCCUCAUCCAGCAGCGCUUUGGGAAAUUCCUGAAGCAAGGUCUCGAGAUCGCCGGUCGUACGUUCCGCUUCCUGGGUUACUCGACAUCCGGUCUUCGCGAACAUACAGUCUGGUUCAUGGCCGACUUCAACCACCCUGAGGAGGGUCCGGUGACUCCUGAGAAGAUUCGUAACGAUCUCGGUGACUUCACCUUUAAGAAAUCGAUUAGACAGCCGUCCAAGUAUGCAGCGAGAAUUGCUCAGGCCUUCAGUGGCACGGAUCCCUCUUACAAGAUCACCAUCGGACAAUGGGAAGAGGGUGUGCCUGAUUUGGGAACAGAUCCGUAUGAGUUUACGGACGGACAAGGGACCAUCUCGGUGGAACUGCGUGAUCGCAUUUGGGACGUCCUCUGCGAGGCCUCGCCCGACAAGAGGAAGUUGAUCUUGAAGCCUUCCGCAUUCCAGAUCCGCUUCUUAGGUUGCAAAGGAAUCGUCGUCGUCGACGAGCAGCUCGAAGGCAUCAAGCUGCGUCUCCGCGACUCUAUGAAGAAGUUCCACGUAGAGCACAUGCGCGAGGCUGAGAUUGAGAUCGCGAAAGCUUUCAUCAAGCCUGGCCCUGCCAGACUGUGUCGCCCGCUGAUCGCCGUCCUCGAAGACCGCGGCAUCCACAAGCAACAUUUGUUGGCCCUUCAGGAGAAGGCGAAGAAGAAGGUGGUCGAAGCGCGAGACACCAUCGAGCAAACGGCUGGGCUCCUCCGCGACCAUGACCUCGGCAACGUCUACGGCCUUCGCUACAUCCUCGAGCAUCUAAGGAAAGCUGGCGUGGACACUGGCAAAAAGAAACCUCGGGCAAGGCAUAUCAUGGACAACGAGUUCAUUGCUCGCCUCAUCGACUACGCGCAGACGCACAUCCUGUCCGAGAUCAAGCACGAUGCACGUAUCCCGAUCGAAGAAGCACAUCAGCUCGUGGGUUGUGCGGACGAGGGACCAGCGUACAUCGCGGCGGGUCACGACCCCGAGAAGGUAAUCUGCCUGAAGGAGGGCGAGAUUUUCGCUUGUGUCCAGCAGCCGGACAGUGAUGAGCCGAUAUAUAUCCAGGGGCUCGUGUCCAUUUCGCGCUCACCUCACAUUCACCCCGGAGAUGUACAAAGAGUCAGGGCCAUAGGCAAGCCUCCCGAUGACCCGGACAAGGUGUGCUUCUUCCGCAACCUCAGAAACGUCGUCGUGAUGCCGUCUGUCGGGGAUCGGUCGCUCGCAUCUAUGCUGGCCGGAGGAGACGUCGACGGCGACGAGUUUCUCGUUAUCAAAGACAUGACGCUUCUGCCCACCACACUCGUGGAGCCCGCGUCCUAUGUGGGUGUCAAGCCCGAGCCGCUGGAUCGCGACAGCACCGUAGACGACAUUUGCGAUUUUUUCAUGGAAUACAUGCAGUCCGACGUUGUGGGUCUUGUGGCAGACCUGCACCUGGUCAUCGCAGACCAGUCAAAGUAUGGCACUUUCGACGAGGACUGCAUGAGACUCGCGCAACUGUGUAGCCAGGCCGUCGACUAUCCCAAGAACGGAGUGCCCGUCAACGUCGAAAACAUGCCUCGCAAGUUGAUUCGCGCCAAGCCAGACUGGAAGAAGCCGGAGGACACCGACUAUCGCCCCGCGGACUACUACGAGUCGACGCGAGCGCUGGGCGAGCUCUUCAGGAACAUCGUAGUGAAGCGCAUCGACCCCCCCUCGUCGUCGUUCCCCAACGGAACGCCGCUCACGCCGAUCAACGAGCCGCCCCUGUCCGACGCCAUCUCGACCGCGCUCAAGCCCGCGAUCCUCCGCCAGCUCCGGCGCUCGCACAACUCGGACGCGGACGUGGCCGCGCAGGAGCCGCUCUUCCGGCACUACGCGCGCGAGCUGGGGUACAUCUGCCUGACGCACGCGCCGUCGGAGAACACGGACGUGCGCCUGUGCGAGGAGGAGGUGGCGCUCGGGGCGAUCCUCGCGAAGUGCUCGCAGCGGCGGUGGAAGAAGGACAGGACGCACCGGAUGCGCGAACACGCGGCGCAGCUCGUGCGCGACGUCAAGCACCGGCGGCGCGGGCUUGGGGCGCCGCUGCGCGAGAAGGACGGGGAGAAGGCGGAGGAGGAGGAGCUGCGCGCGGCGCUGGGCAAGGGGUGGGCUGCGUGGGACUUCGGGAUGCGGAACAGGAACCAGUUCGGGGCGAAGAGCUUCGCGUUGAUCGGGUUGGGCGUCGUCUGUGAGAUGCUCGAGAAGCUUGAGCAGGACGGCUCCGGGGCGGUGACGGCUGGAGAGUGGUGAGCAAGCCAGGCCUUUUUGCGCGGUCGGGAGUCUUUUCGCUGUCGUCCUAUAAGUUACUGUAUACGUGUAUGGCGUAAUAUUGUACAAGAUAGCGAGUGUAAGCUUUCAAUGUUCAUGAUGGUGUUCCUACACAUCUAUCGAGUUGGAAUCAGACCAUUGACAUGCUGAACUACCGGCCGCAUUCAUGGCAUUAGCGGUUCGGUGACGAGACCUGUAGCGUCU